UGAAAAUAUCUAGUCUGAAAAUUGCACCAAGAGACUUUUUUACACAUCCAAAUGGCUUUUCUUCUCUCUCUAAAACCACCAUCCCCAUCAUCACCACCACCGCCCCACCUCCGUCCUCCACCCACCACCACCCUAAUCCCACCCACAAUCAACCCAUCCAAACCCCACCACCACCAAACCCGCUUCACCCUCUCUUUCAGCAACCGAACCCCACCAGAAACCGACUGCCCGGUCCCACCGGAGCAACAGCCCAUCAACGAGUACCAAUCUCUGUCCACCUCCUCCCCUUUCUCCUGGGCCUCCGGAGACUUUGUGGAGUACUGCUCCCGGUUAGUUGCUACUGGGGCCGGGUUUGCUCUGUUUGUGGGCCUCCCGGUUUCCUGGUACGGGUCGGUUGGUGUGGGGUGGGAACCGGUUCAGCGGGUUCUUGGAGCGGUGUGUAGUGGGAUAUUUGCGGUUACGCUUGCGGUUGUUAGGAUGUAUUUGGGUUGGGCUUAUGUGGGGAAUAGGUUGCUCAGUGCCACUGUUGAAUAUGAAGAGACCGGAUGGUAUGAUGGACAGAUUUGGGUAAAGACUGCUGAAGUGCUAGCACGGGAUCGGCUAUUAGGAUCAUUUACUGUGAAGCCAGUGCUUAACAGAUUAAAGAACACAUUGGUGGGUCUUGCAUUAUCUCUGUUGUUGUUCAUUGCUCUUCUUGUCAACACCGAAAGCACCCAAAAAGAGACCUACAUUACUUCCGGCAGUGAAACAGGCGGCAGAUCGGUAGCGGGCUCCUACAAUGAUGAGUCAGCAAGAUCAUUUGAACCAGAAGCGUUUUGUGGCGGAUCUGAAUCUGAUCUGUCGUUGAAUGAUUAGAUGAAGAUUUGUCUGCUUGCUGAACAUAUCUGAUACACCUAUGUAUAGCGCCUUUUGUACAGUCUUAUAAUUUAUAACAGCAUACUUAUACUUCAAAUUUUAUAAAAGUAGGUUGCUAAUUUUUAUAAAAUUUGAUUUAUUUAACUCACCUAUACUGGAGUAUAAAUGGUAGUUCUCGUGCGUCAUCUUA